CUCAAGCUCCAGGCCAGGAAGCUUCGACAACGGGACGUGCAGUGCAUCUCAAUUGCUUGACCCCAGCGCAUCGAGCAACCUCCCCGACGACGACGUCGCGUCGGCCGCCAAGAUGUCGAACAACCAAACGGAGACGUAUCAAUGGCCCAGCAAGACCGUCAAGACAGAUUACCCACUCAUCGACAAUGACCCACAUUUCACGCGCGUGAUUCGGUACGCCCGCCCGUCUGACUACGUUCACGGCGCCGCCGCCGCCGCAGCCGGCCCCGGCCUGCUCUACGCCAUGGAGAGGUUCGCCCCGUCGCAUGUGGGCAAGGGCGGCUUUGCCCAGGCGAUGCGGCUGGCCGGCUUUAUCGGCGUCGCUGGUGGUUUCCUGUACUUCUACCAGCGUUCCAUCCUCCGGUUCUACGGCAUGACCGAGAACGCCCGCGAAGUCGAGAUGGACAUGCGCGAGAUGACGGACAGAGUCAAGGCCGGCCUGCCGCUCUACGGCGAGAGCCGACUGACGCCCGCCAUGCAGGGUGUCGCCGCCCGCCAGUCAAGAUACUCGGCCCUCUUCUUCGGCGUCCUCCCGUGGUUCAACUUUGUGAACCACCCCCAGCACGGAGUCGACACGGCGAAGUACUACCAGCAGGCCGAGCGGGAGCUGGAGGCCGAGCGUCUGGCCAAGGGCUCAUCAUGAGAGGGUGCAGGAGCGGGAGCGGAGGGCAUGAGUGGGCGUCCGGAUGUGGGAAGCGCGUAGGGUGUGUGGAAGCGGCGCCGAGCCCUUUGUCAGGUCGGGCGCCAGGUGUACAUAUGAGACAUUUAGACGACGGCCCUCGCAGGUCUCGAGUCAACAGACAUUUCUUUUCUUGCGUCGACAACAAACGGCAACCGCUCAGUCCCCCCAUUCUUCC